AUUUUACCUCUUAAAAUUGUUAAAUUGUCCCCACAACAAAUUAUUCUUCCCAAAUACACCAGAAACGAUAAUAAAGCUAUUUAUAGUUACUAAUCACAUAAUUACACUGGACACGCAACAUUGAAACAAGUGAGCAGGAAGAGGGGAGAGAUAAUAAUACAAUGCCAAAAGCACAUGUGAAGUUGCCCCUUUAAGCUAAUCAAAGCAAAAAUCUUUCCACCUGCUAAUUAUAGUAAAAAUCAAUAAAAGCUCCUGUUUGUUCCCUAGUUCCUCCCAACUCCCAAAUUCUCCACACUGAAAGGCCUGAAAAAGAAAAAAGGGAAAGGUAUUUAUUAUUAAAAAGAAAUCUCAGUGUAAAAAAAUAAAUGUACCCGUUGAUAUUUUUCCUUUUUCCCUUUUAGCUUUUACAGAUAGUAGUAUUCAGUAUUCACAUUUCAAAAGAUCUCAUUAGAUUAAUUGAACCUUCCUUGCUUAGUUGAAGAAAGAUAGUAAAACGGUUUACCCGUUCAACAACAAAAUAAAUCCAUAUAAAUUGUACUACUACCAUACAUUCUUCUUGCAUUUUUCUUGUGUAGCUCCAGAAAACUUGAUUUCCUUUUUCUCUCCAUAUGGGUAAAAUAACGACGUUUCGAGAUCUCGUCGGCGCUAUCAAAGACAAAGCUUCACUAUCCAAAGCAGCCAUAGUAUCCAAACGCUCCGAUACUUCCCUCCGCCUCGCCGUUCUCCGGGUCACUACCCAUAUCCCCUCCACCCCACCCGACGACGCCCAUCUUUCCGCCCUCCUUUCCCUCGGUGAUAGCUCACGCGCCACCGCCGCUUCUUUAAUUGCCUCUCUCAUCGACCGCCUCCACCGCACCGGUGAUUCCACAGUCGCGCUGAAAUGCCUUCUGACAAUCCACCACAUCGUCAAACGCGGGCCCUUCAUCCUACAAGACCAGCUCUCGGUGUUUCCUGCCAACGGCGGGCGCAAUUACUUGAAACUCUCCGCCUUCCGCGACGGCGCCACCGCCUUCACGUGGGUUCUGUCUGCAUGGGUAAGAUGGUACGCCGGUUACUUAGAAACCCUGCUCUCAACAUCCAGGGUCUUGGGUUAUUACCUGGGUUCAACUUCUUGCAGUGCUGAAAGAGAUAAACAAGAAGAAAGAAUCGCUUCGUUCUUGAAUCGGGAUUUAAUCAGAGACGUUGAUUCGCUAGUCGGAACGAUUGAAGAAAUAUGCAAAGUGCCCGAUCCCCGGUUCGUUGAAGGCAACCAGAUAUUGUACGAUGUGUUGGGAUUCCUAAGCAAAGAUUACUUGUCAACGGUAAAUGAGAUUUUGUCUCGACUCGUCGAGUUCAAGGAGCGACUCAGUUGUUUGAGUUUCGGCGAAUCGGUGGAAUUAGUCUGUGCUUUAAGGAGAUUGGAAAAUUGUAAAGACAAACUGGAUGUGCUUUUCACGAUAAAGAAGCCGUCAACGGAAACUUUAUGGGGAAUGGUGCCGGAGAUGAAGGAGGAGGUCGGGAAAUUGAAAGUGGGAAGGGAGGAAAGAAAGCUGUUGACGUGGUCUCAAAGCGGUCUGGUUAGUGAGUCGGCUCGGUUUGAUGAACGAGUUGUGAGGAGGAGUGAGGACUCGGUGCUUUUCGCUUCGGGUCGACUCAGGAUGAACCACAAGUUAUCCGGGUUAGCGGUGGGAUCCGGUGGGGUUGCCAACACCAAUCCAUUUGAGUGAGAUAAGUAUAGAGAAUAGACUGAUAUUAUUGUAAAUUUUGAUUUUACGUACGCGCUUAAUUUGAUGAUUACAAUAUUUCCGAGCUAGCUAGUCGUAAUUGUGAUUGUGUAUGAAUGAUUCAAUUUUGGUUGCUAAUUGGUUUGGCGGUAAUACUAUACUCCCGUCUAAAAUUACCUGCUCCC